UUACCUUUUCAUUCAGGUGGCUCUCAAUCAGGAACAAGUCGUCAUGGUUCUGGACACAUGGGAUCUAGAGUGCGUCUUUCCCCUCGCCCAAGCAGACUUUCCAGCGUACAUCGAUUCCCUUGGCCGCCGGACUCCUCAACGCCACUCAACCCCAGCGGGAGUGCUUCUUUUCAAUCUCCCACUUCAGCAAAUUCCCCUCGUCCAAGGAGAAGAAGAAGAAGCUCUUUCCAGUCCCAUUCCCCUCCUCUUACAAACGCUUCAUCACAACCUCAUCAUCAUCGUCGUCGUCGUCGAAGAAGAACAAGAACAAGAAGCGAGAGAAGCCCUUCCCAUUCCCCUCGAGGAAGAAGACGUUCGACGAGGAGUAACAGAUCACGAAGUACUCUUCUGCCACUCACAGAAGAAGAAACAACCCUCCACGCCCCAAACGACGGUAAUGGUGAAGCACAAACUCACCAUUCUAGUCCGAGAUUAUCAUCAUCAGCAGCAGCAGCAGCAGUUUCAAGAUGGUCAACUACCCCUCCUCCAGACAAUACCAACAACACUAGCAACAGCAACACAUCCUACCACACAGCCCUCCCUUUUCUCAUUUCUGGUCACAACACUCCCCUAACAGAUCCCAUAUUCCGGCAAGCAGAAGCUUCGAGGGUGAUGGCGGGAGAAUAUCCGAGAGCGUUUACUCGCGAAGAAGAGAGAGUUUUGUAUGAUUUGAUGAUGCGAGCGAGACGGCCGCUGACCCUACCCGAGGCGGGCCGGGAGGCUGAUUGGAGGUUUGGGAGGGAUUUUUCUGGGUUGGGGGAGGAGGAUUACUACUAGGUAGGUGAGGUGUGGGUAGGUACAGUUCGAUGGAGAAG